GUGUGUGUAUGACAUCGGAAACACCAAACAUUCACAUGAUUGCAUAUGCAUAUUUAAGUUUUAUUUUAACUUUCUCGGUGGAAAGUUUUAAGUAUGUGUUGUAUCACGUGUUGGUAUUAUUGGGAAUUCAGAAGAACUACACGAUGAUAAUUUUUGUGUCAUUGAAUAUCCGGAAACGAAACUUGUAAGCCUGGCCCCGUGAUGUCAUGGGCAGAUCCUUUCCAUCCAACAGACUCCAAGGAGAUGACAAAAACUAUCGUAGCGGAUAGUUCUGAGAAAACCAUGAUUGAAUCCAACGAGAUGGCAGAAACUAUCGAAGCGGAUAGCUCUGGGAACACCAUGAUUGAAUGGUCAGGACAAGUAAGAAGUAUGAACAGCAGGCCUGCUGAAAAAGAGUGACGAAAUUAGAAGCACGUAAUUCCAUCAAAAUGUGUCGUUUUCUAGAAGGUAUCGGUAUCAACUGGAAGGAUAUUAUAUUUCGACGACAGUUAUAUAUAUUGGCUGAAAAGUUUUUAAACAUAGCAUUCAGAAAAUACAAAUACAAAGUUAAUGUGUUUAUCUUUGGAAGCCAGUCAGAAGGGACAACAACACGAGGUCUUCACUCAGACACUGAUUAUCUAUACGCCGUUCCGUUACAAACAUUUUGCUUGGUUGUAAAUCACACGCAUGUAAAGUUAUUAAGAAACCACGACACUCCGCCUCAACAUUACUAUCUACAAGUACUAUGUGAUGUGUCUGAUAAAAUGUCAAAGACAGAAACUUAUUUAAGCGAAAGAUAUGUUUACAGUGUUUUGCAAACUGGUGAAAGAGUGCUAAGAUUCGACCAUGUAUGGGAUCUCAUAUUAACAGCGCAGAGUAUGUAAGCUCCUAUCUUGAGUUUUAAUGGACCUGCAAUCACAAACAGCGGCAAUGCCAAAACAACUAAACAACUAAGACCAAAGGUCCAGAAAAAGGCAUCCAUAUUAUUGGCGAGGAUCCCAAAGCAGCCACAAAUGACACUGUAAUUGCAUACUACGUGCAUGGUUUACAGGAAGAGAUGAACAAUUUUUUCUCUCGAAAACGAUCUUACAACUGGCCUUCGCCUGAUCAUCUUGAAGCUGCAAAACAAUGUGCAAAUUUUCUUGUUCCAUCGGGUCACCAUUUUAUAGACGAAAAGAUUGCCAUGUGGAAAUUAUCGCCUAAUUUAAUCGAACGCAUUCUCAUGUUUAGCCUUAACUGCACACAACUGAAAUGUUACGUCUUAUUGAAAAUGGUUAACAAGGCAAUAUUUCAAUCUAAAGUCACAAGCGCAUUGACAAGUUUUCAUUGCAAAACAAUUCCCCUUUUUACCAUAGAAAAAACACAAACGGUGUUAUGGAACGAGGAAAACCUAAUACAUCUAGUGAAACUUUGUUUGUGCUCUUUAAAAAGAUUUUUAAAAGUUGGCGUAUUACCACACUUCAUAAUACAAGGCGUGAAUUUAUUCGACGGAAAGCUUACUUUCACAGAAUGUCGACGCUUGUACGCAAAUGUUUCGCAGAUGAUGAAACACAAUCUUAAGCAAAUUUGGCUCAUGGAUAUUGACGGUCUUGACAUAUUUGGCACUCGAACUAUUCCUAACAAUUGGCGUACGAUUCGCCUUCAGGCUAAACCAUAUCCACAUGUUGCUGAAAUAAUGUUAUGUUCGCUUACUUCAUUUUUUGUAAUGCUUGUUUAUCCGAGAUAUGACAGAAUCACACCCUGUCAUUUCAUAACUCAAGCGUUGGGUACCAUUCUCGAAAACUACAACACUGGUGAUAAAGUUGACAAGAGAUUAGCAAAUGGAAUGACAGAACAACUGUUAUUAGAUUUAGCAAAUACAGUAUCAUCCAUGUACAUUCAAAAAAGAAAAUUCAUACACUAUUCAAUUUUCGCGAGUUAUCGUACUUCUUUGAAUAUUGAUUUAACCACCUGUCGGUUAAAGAUGGCAUCGAUGUUGUACUGCGGAGGCAAUAUAAAAGCAGCAAUUGUGCUAUUAGAAGAUCUUGAACGUUGAUUCACUAACGAUGUAAAAGAAUUGUGCCAGUGUUUCUAUAGCGCCUAAUUAUAUGACGUUCCGCCAACUUAUUCAAAAUAAGUAAAACAAUAUAAUUCCUCAUUGUGUGUGUCAUUCACCGCAAAGGAUGCAUAUUGUAUGGCCUCAUUUUUAGUACAUGAAUAUUGCAAAAUUUUGAUUGAAAAACAAGACAGACACAUAUAUCGACAAACGCAGACGUGAUGUAUAUUCAAUGAGUGCUCGUCCGUUUUUAUAUUAUUUGCAAUAUCUGUCUUAUGGAGCUCUGGAAUUAAGGGAAGAACAAUUAUAUGUAUUCGCAAUUUAGUAAAUUUAAUAAAAGUUACUAACAUUUAAGCUAAUCUUCCUUCGACCGUUGCCGAAUAUAAAAAAUUGGCUGGCUGUUCAAGGGAUUAUAUUGCUCAUCAUUUUGAGAAAGCCAUUUAAUUACUUGGCCAUUGCUUUGAAAUGGAGGGUGACCUUGAAUCGGCAAUGCAUGCCUAUUGGCAUUCACAUAACAAGUAUCAGGAAAAGAGUGCUGCUAGAUGGCACAUUCGAAGUCUUAUCAAUUAUGAAUUAAAGGCGAAGGUUCGUCGUUAUGAUGAUUAACUUGAUCUAAGCGAGAAAGUAUUGUAGAAUAUUCUUCUUGCGAUUUGAUUUUAUAUUAAUUUGGUAGAUAUACUAAAUUCCAAAUGUGUUCAAUGGUAGCUUACCUGUGUUAUAUAAUAUAUUGGUAUGUGAUGGCACAUUAUAAUUGGUUAGAGUAAAUUUAGAUUUUCUCAUAAAAAUAUUAUAAGCAAUCACGAAUGUACAGUUGUGUCAUUUUGAAAUAAUGUUGGUUUCAGAAAUAAUUAAGUAUACUCAAAAACACAAAACUGUUGAUGUACUAUGUAAGUAAGAACUCAUCUUCGGGACUAUUUGCUAUGCUCAAAUUUGAACACAUAUUGGUAUGCUGCCCUGUCGUUAAAAUGUAUUUCCAUUAUAGUAUAUAAUUUCUGAUUUUAGAUCAAGUUGCUGUUGUUAUUUGACGUAUCCGCACAUAAACAACUUCGCCCUACAUAAUGUCCAGUGUUUAUAUUUACUGUUUCUGUAUGUUUGAUAAUGUUUUCCGUUAAAGUGCAGUUUCUCAAAUCAAACAAUACACAUUUGAAUCAUCUAGAAAUUGAUUUUAAGGAUAUUAUAUCGUUUAAAACGUAGUAUUGUUUUCAAUUUAAAAAAAUGGUAUAUUCGUUUGCACUGAAUGUUUCUUUUAUAUGCGCCACAAAUACGCAAUACAAAUUUGAGUCCACCGUAAAUUAUUUAGAUGAUAUAGUUUUUCAACAUACAAUUUAAAAAAAACAUCAAUGUAUGAAUAAUUUGUUUGCAAAAUACAUUAAUACUGAAACAUGCACUCAACAUUAAACUGAAAAAAUAUUAAUAAUGUGUGUUUCAAUGUAUUGAAAUCUUUGAAAUAAGACAAUAUAAAAAGGUGCAUAUGUUUAGGGGUAAAUGAGUUGACGGAUGUUUAUCUGUUUUUAUAAUUUGCCCAUGUUAUGCUUUGUCAUGCAAACAUCUUUCGCUUUUAGUAAUAUUCAAAUUUGAUUGACCUUUUACAGACAGUGAAUGCAACUACACUUGUUAAUCAAUUGAAUGCGGUAAAGAAAGUUGAUAUAUUUUUUUAUAUGUUUUAAAGCCUUUCUUUAUAAAGUGCAGAUUAGAUGCUAUGUAUUGUUCAUAUCAUAUUUAUUUAAGUUAUUAACUAACAUCCUUUGCAAAAAAGUCCUGUUAGAAAUUUCAGAGUACAGGUUAAAAGGAACUUAUUAGUUUUAAUAGAAUGCAUCAUGCCUUUAAAUUUAAAAGUUCAAAGUGCUGUAAAUUGCUGUAAAUUGAACAAAUAAACAAAUCCCUACUUAAAAGCAAAAGCAAAUUCCAAAACAUCAACAUAAUGCAUUUUCAGAAACGUAUAUUAUACAUUUACUUAUAUGAACUGUUUUCAUGGAGAAAAGGUAUAUACUAUAAGAGUGAAUAUUCAAUUGCUUGAUAUAAUGUACUAUUUUGUUUUAUAGUAUUAUACUGUUCAUCUGUUGAGUCGCGGUACUUAAUCUUAUUCUCGGAAAUAAAACAUCAAAACACAACUUACCGAUUAAAUGAAUUAGUUUGUAUUUAACCCCAUCAUAAUGUUUAUCAGUAAUGAUAAAAAUAGCAUAAAAUUAACAAAGAAAACGAAACAACGCUGAAAAAUACGAAUGGCUAUCGGCCAUUAUAGUCCUAGUUCUAACAUCACUUGAGUCGCGGUAAUUAGGUCGAACAUGUUAAACAUAACAUAAUUGAGGUUAUUUUACACUAAAAUUUCAAAUUCAUUACCAUAUUCAUUGCAAAGGGAUAUCAAUGUUUAAAUGUUAUAGUUUUUCAAGUUUAUUCAUACAUUUUAUUGUUUUAUUUGAUUAAACAGUGUGUGUCAUUCAUUCUUCAGCAGAACAGUGAAUGCACAAAAUGUGCUGUCUCUUCUCAGGACCCUAACAUCACAGCAGUAUGUCAAGUUGAACCAGUGUCUGCCUUUUGUAGAUUAUUUCUGUCAUAUGGCUUCUUGUCUCUGAAUUGUUUCAUUUUCUGAAAAUAAUCAAAAAGAUCUGGUUACUUAUCUUUCAUUGAUUGUCAUUGUUUACAUUGUAAAUACUUUUGUAUUCACAAGUUUAAAUGAAAGUGUUGAGCCUGACCUAUUAACAAAACUGAUAGGAAUUACGUUUUGUUAACCGUUUUAUAAAGUGAGUUGUCUGACCUAAUUGAUAGGCAGACAAACUUGUAAACAUUGAUGAAAAGGUUUACAAAUACCGAUUUUUUUCUGAUUUUUUUUACUAGAUUUUUAUUAAAAAUGUAUACAUAACGAAGAAAAUGAACAAACUUACCAGUAUUCCACUCAUUUUCACCCAGAAAAUAGUAUUUCAAUGAAAAACGAAAGUAAGUCUGCUUGUUGACAAUGUAAACAUUGGCUAGGUGGCGCACAACGAAAUACCGCGAGAUAAGUGAUACCGCGAGUCAAGUGGUGUUGAGGAUCGGAAGUAAUGUUUGAUAACUUGAUUAUCUUAUUAGAUUGAUCUUUAAGAGUCUCCUCUUGAAUGUUUAGCAAAUGAUGUAUUUUAAAUUGGCAGAUUACAUGUACCUUUAUACUAUUAAUUUAUAUAACAUUAAAUUCCAUAAAUUAACGUCCUGCUAAUGUAAUGCAUGCUCCGUGAUCUUUAUGAUGUUACAAAUGGCAUACUAUUGUGAAAAUUGUAACAUUAAAAAAGGAUGAGCUUAUAAGAAAUUCCUUUAUUAAUCCCCUGUCAUUAUACUUUUUGCACAAUUUUCACCCAUUUUAGUCUUAUAUUGUGCAAUGGACUUUGAAAUAAACAAAGUAGAUAAGUCGAAUUCAAUUCGUCAGCGACUAUUUAACUUCUUAACUGUAACCCUAAUUUAACUUAAACUCAAGCUUCUAUUUUCGCACGUCGAACUUUGCUAAAUGUAUUUGCUUGUAUUAAUUUUCGACGGUUUUGUGUGCGACUUUUUUGCAAUACAUGCUAUCUCUGAUAAAGUAAUCUUUAUCGUAUGACUUUUAAUAAGCUGCUUUAAUAAAUAUUUGAUCCCGUACUGCCUUAUCAUCGACUAAAUUGCUGCUGCCCUUAUUUGAUGUCAACUCUUUUAUAUACAUGCAUAUUUCAUAAUUAAAACGAUUUAUACUGAUUGAUACUGUCAAAGAAAUAAAUAAGUCAAUCUCCUGAUCACCUUCUCCAAAUAAUGACCUAAUUCUUUUUUUUUGUUGGAUCAUUUGUUUUGUGAAAAGUUGUUUGUGAACUAUCCGAUCACCUGUUGUCACAAUACAUGCAUCAUGUAUUAUGUGACCUGUGAACAAAAUAAAGAACUGAUCUGUUCUGUUCUGUACUACAUUCGGUUUGCUUUGUGUUUAUUUUUUUCAGAGUCUUAAAGAUAGGAAAUACAAAGAUAUAGAGUAUUAUUAUAUGUUUGUUAAAGUCCGCAUGAUAAAACAUAUGUUUUAAAAUAUGUAUAAAAGAACAAAGUUA